CAGGUCAGCCGCAUUUCCAACAUGGACAUAUAAGCGAAGACUUACCCCGCGCAUCCGUCACACGGGCACUCCAACUCUCAUCUAUCCAGAUCCGUAAGCGAACAAGCACAGCAUGAAUGCGCGAUCACAACACUCGAAAUGACCGAAAUUUCACCAUACCCGCUGAACGAGUCCACCAGCAAUGGUGUUAAGAAAGAGAGUGACCGUCUGGAUUUCCAGCAUCACUUCUUUGACGAUGUGAUGAACAAUGAGUUGUUACCCGUACACAUCACCAACCAACUAGCCCAGACCCCGUGCCCCCGAGUCUGCGAUAUCGCGACGGGUACGGCCAUUUGGCUGAAGGAGCUUGCCAAGACCCUCCCCGCAUCGGCGGAGUUAGUCGGCUUUGACUUUGACGUGUCAAAGUUCCCAAUGCCAGAGGCGCUGCCCUCAAAUAUCAGGCUGAGUUUCGGGGAUGCGUACGAGCCCUUCCCAGAGGAGUUCCGGAACCGAUUUGAUGUCGUCCACUUGCGCCACUUCAACCUCGCUAUGAGGAAGGGCCAAGGCGUACCUCUUAUUCGAAAUUUGUCGUCGCUCCUUCGUCCUGGUGGAUGGUUGGUCUGGGUUGAGGCUUCCGCACCGCUAGCCAGUGCUGAACCGCCUAGCGACGGCCUGUUCCAGGCACAGAAGGUGUAUUACAACUUCUUGAAUAGCGCAAAUUUAGAAGCAGACUUCCCUUUAGGUAUUGCCAGCUCUAUGGAGCAAGCAGAAUUGGUGAAUUGUGAGACCAGAAGCUAUCAUUGCGCCUCGGUUCUGUUUGGGCCUAAAGCAUCUGAUUGGCUCGCUAGAGAACAUGAGGAGUUCUAUGCUACCCUUGGCCAAAUACUGAAGGGGAUAUUUCUCAAAGGUGGUGUCGAUGGGAUGAGAACACAACAAGAUCUAGAUGGACUUUUAGCUAAGCUGCAAGAAGACAUGAGCGGGACGAGAAAGUAUCAUAUGCCGGUAAUUCGGAACUGGGGGCAGAAGCUAUUGUGAGAUUGGGUGAUAGAGCGUUAGAUUACAAUCAAUAGAAAGAGUCGGAUCGGAUUGUAUCGGAUUAGUUCCUAAGGUCAGGCAUCUAGCGAAUAGAGAUCAUCGAAGAGAUGCACCAAGCAAGACUACCAGCCUGCAUAGAUGGUGCACCAGGCACGAAUCCCGUCUCUAAGGUAGUGGCUCUUGGCAACGCUGCCCUCAUCAGCCCGGGGGGUGAGAGGGUAGCAUUACCUAGGUACGGUCUGAUAACGCGGUGAUAGCACUGAUGAUGAGUAGCCUGUGGUAGAAACGCCCAAAUAGAGUGCCCAUGAAUAAACGGUCAAUGUGAAGUGACAGACUCCUCAUAAAGCUCUUGUGCCAAUAGAUUAAGCGAUGCAAUACCUCUGGGGUUGAAGUGGCUAGUACUAGGUAUUAGCAGACACGCAACAUAUUGAGGAUACGAAAAUUUGCCUAAAACAACACACCUAACCCAUUCAAGGCUCUCAAGAUAUGA